AUGGCGACUCUGUCCCUCCAAACGAUCCAUAGAUGCUUUGCGGUCGUAACUCGAACCCAGAUCCCGGCUCGUUUAGAACAUGGCGAAUUUACAAAUGCACAGCAACAAAUAUUUUCCCAGGAGAAGCAGUGGCAUUUGAUUCUCUCGUUGUUCAAGAUGGAACUAAAAUAGUCAAGAAACCUUCACCUGUUAUCAAGGAAGAAGGUCACACAGCGACAUUUACGUGCACUGCAAGUGGAAGUCCAACACCAAAGAUCACGUGGUCAAAGUUAUUCGACUCACUUCCUGCCGGUCGAUACAAAGUAUCGCAAGAAAGAGCCGUAAAAACACAUAAAAUAAAUGGGGCCAUUAUAAAGACCAAAUUGUUGUCGAGUAACCUGACAUUGAUGAACUUGUCAACCACAAAUAGUGGAACAUACAUUUGCGAGGCAAACAAUAAAUUGAACAACAAGAAAGUUAUAGGACAAUCAACGGUUUUGCGCGCCCUUUCAUUCAGGGUUUUACCGCCAUCAAGAAUUGAGGCCAGAGAAUCGGAUAGAGUUUUGAUUCGUUGUUAAAGCAGGAAACGCCAUAGGACUAAGCUACAAAAUCAAUAAGAAAUCUGUAAAUGUCUUUGAAAAUAACAUAAGCAUUUGAUGACCCAGUAAAUAACGUAUGAUUACCAAAUAAUAUUUAUGGUUCCAAGUCGAAGUUGGACUAAAAUACAAAUUAAAGUAGGAAUUUGGGAAAGGACUAUUGCUGUAUUUUAUCAAGUCUUUUUGUCGAGCAAAUUUGGGAAGAUCUGGCAGAUAUUUUCUGUUCAAUGAGAUAAAACUCUACCUGGUAUGGAGCAUUUUUCUUACAUUCCACGAUAUUCAUUAUAUAGAGGUUAUUACGCUGCUAAUUGCGUAUUGCAACCAGAAAAUGUUAUAAGUGAAAGCGGCCUCGUACCCUGCAGGGUUUAUUAUUUAUUGUACGACAUGAAAACUAAGAACUAAGAGAGCAUUAAAGACAAUCAUUUUUUUCGUUAAAAAAAUUGUAAGUAAAAAAGUAGAAGUAAAAUUGUAAAGUAAUUGCACUCCAAAAAUGGUCGUAACGCACGGGAAAUGGAGUGUGUCGUAUCAUUAUAAAAGUCAUUAAACUCAUCAAGAAUGGUA